UUGCGCGUUGUUUCCCGAGUCAGCUUUUCUUCAGCAAUUUGCGGGUUAGCCCGUGCCCGAAGGCGAACCGGGAUAAUGGGAAUUGGAAAUACGCUGGGUCUCGUCAGGUUUGUCUAGUGGUUAGUCAUCCUCGCCCUGACCCAGGAAUCCGCCAUUUCUCGCUCAGUCAACAAUCUACAAGCACAGGGCAAGUUGAUGUGAAAUGGCUUAUCGCAAAAACAGAGAAAAUCAGAGGAAGUGCACGUUUGUCUGGCUUCUGAUUAUUGCCAUGGUUCUUGUUGAGACAUCUGAUUGUAAAAAUCACUCAUGGAACAUCCUCAUUUUGUCUCAACAUUGGCCUCAGACUGUGUGUUUGAUGGUGAGUGAAACAUGCAAAGUUCCUCAAAAUAUUGAUUACUGGACAGUUCAUGGACUUUGGCCCAAAAGAGACGAGAUGUGCAACAACUCCUGGCAUUUUGAAAUCCAAAAUGUAAUGGACAUCUUAUCCGAAUUAAAACUGUGGUGGCCUGAUGUGCUUCAUCCCAACAGUACUCAGCUCUGGAAACACGAGUGGCAGAAACACGGAACAUGUGCAGCUACGUUGCAAUCUCUGGAUACCCAAAAUAAGUAUUUCAGCAAAGCGCUGGACCUAUACCAUAAAAUCAAUCUGAACAGUGUUCUUAAGAAGUUAGAUAUUCUCCCAUCGUCCAAGUAUUACACGUUGGAGAUGAUUGAAAAUGCCCUCGUGUCAGUUUAUGGGGUUACGCCAAAAAUUCAGUGCCUGAAGGGAAGCUCAGCUCAAAUCCUGGGCCAAAUUGAACUGUGUUUCACCAAAGAAUUUGAGCCGCUGAACUGCACACACGACGUAUCCGGCACAAAUGUUACGAAAGACAACAAACAGUCUGCUACCAGUUUGAAUUUUUCAGAGUGUGAGCUUGACCAGCAAAUCUAUUACCCUCCAAUUGAACACCUCUACUGAGUGUGAGAGAAGAUGCCAGUUUAGUGCCGGAGGCUUCUGUUCUGCAGGUUCACCCGACAGUCUUCGGUCGCAGACACAAUGCAGCUGACAAUUAGAGUACUGUCAAAUUUUAAUAUCAAGAAACAAUGCUAGCACUGCAUCGUGGGUCUUAGCUCUCUGAAAGGACAAAUCACCAUCAGUGUGAAUUUCUACUUUUCAAUGCAUUUAUUUUAAUCAUUUCCAAAAUCACUUUCACCAGCACACUGUUUUUGGAAGUGGAUUUAAAACAGAUGGCUUUAAAAUAGAUUUUCAAAGUUCCUAUCUGCAUUACUGCCAAGUUAAACUAAGCUUGCCUCAUCGUACAAAUAGAUUUAACUUGUGCAUUCAACAAUCACCGGUUUAUUUUAUGGCAUAGCUAUUACCUAAAUUGUGGUGCUAAUUCUCAUAGGUAGGAAACCAAAAUCAUUGAUAAAUUAAUGUAAAGGAUAAAGAAUGCUUCUUCUUCGGUCACUAAACAGGCCAGAGACUGUGGUACCCACCUUUAGACUAGGGCUGAGUGUCUGAGCUUUCACUCCACAUCCUUUGCUUAUUGGCACACAGGGAUCACUGAGACAUGGUCUGAUAUCCUACCGCUGAGCUGCAAGUUCCUCACAACUAAUGGUUAGUGGGCAUAUGUCUCUAUUUGAUGCCACAUUCAAUCCACCUCUCUACUGUUCUGUAGUAAAAGAAGUCUCCCAGAUGGUGAUGUGUGAGGCUGCUUUGGUAGGUUUGAAAUCUCCCAUUCCAAUGCAAGCCUUUUCUCCCGCUUCCUCCCUUUGCUUUUAUUCAUUGAAGAAAAGCACUUGUUCGUGGACCUACCUCAGUCUGACUUGCUGGGAACCAUCAAUCACCACUGUGAUAAUUCCACUCUUAAACAUAAGGGAGAACAAACAUUAGUUUCAAAGCUUUCAAUCUAAUAAUUGAACAAAGCUCUGUUUUGAAGCAGUGACUGAGAUAAAAUCACACUCAGUUUCUAGACUUUUUAAAUUGAGUGCUCUUGUGAUUUAUGUAAUAUUUUCAUGAAAGUAUUGUCAAUAUGUAAGCCAAUAAAUGAUUGACUUUAUUUAAAUUAAAACAAUGCAUUUUUAAAUGAGUUGGAUGACUUCAUAAUUCCUCAGUCAAGAAUUUGUCUUUCCCAAUAUCUUUAGUCCUACCAGAUUGAUUUUUGUAAAGGAGAAACAGAGGGGAUGAAGGAGCAGAAAUUCUCUCAAGCAUCAAGUGCAAUAGAGGGGCAGGGAAUAAAUGUGAAAGAUAUCCAAGACACUUGCCUGUCUUUUUUUUUAAACUUCUGGUGGCUUUUUACAAAAUGUUCAUGUACGUUUUUUUCCUGUAAAAAUCAGAAUGAAGUUCAUCAAUCGGGAUCCAAUAUUGGCAGAACUCACUGGGCACAAGAAGCUCUUCCUCUGUUUGUUUGUAGGAACCUAGGUUCAAGACUGGGCCAUUCAUUUAUCUUAGCUAAGGAGCUCCUAAUGCUGUACUAUAGGGCAACUUCCAGUGAAUGUUGAGGCAGAAACAGCAGGGGGAAAAUGUUCAAUACCAUAGCUUUGGACCAGACUGUCUGCACUACUAAACUGGAAAACAUUUAAUACACUAAAAAUUGCAGCUCGAGAGUAUCUCUUGUAUAAUCCACCAUGGUAUUUUGGGUCUUUUCAGUGUCUCUAAAUGCAAAAGAUAACAUUUUAACUCCAUUAUGACUUAUUUAGAACUGAAUAGUUUUUAUGCCAUUGAAAGUGAUUUUCACAACCAAGGUUGCAGCAAGUGGGACAGGUGCCCACAGCAAAAGCCGUGCCAGUGGUAGGACAGGAGAGAAAUGGAUCAUAGGUGCUAAGGCUCAAAACUCAAGAGCUAAUCCGUGCAAACAUAACAAUAGAGUACAAUUCAUUCUCUUAAAUAAACCUUUAUUAUCAAGGUUACUUUCUCCUUUUCUGCCCACGUUUUUGUAUUGUGCGAUAUGAAUGUAUUACAGCAUUGUGAUAUAAGUCACUCAAUAAUUGUGGUUUAUAGAAAUUCAUCUUUUAAAGAAAAUAAAAUUAAUUUCUGUAUUACAAUCACCCAGGAAA